CAGCUGAACACACGUGUUGUGUUUUCGGGAAGCGGCUGGUUGUAAAAGUUAACCUGAAGCCCGUAAUUAUAUAGGACACUACUCGUAGAAUUCAAAAUGGGUAAAAAGCUAAAGGUCGGAAAGACCAGAAAAGAUAAAUUUUACCAUUUGGCGAAGGAAACGGGAUACAGAUCCCGUUCGUCUUUCAAGCUCAUCCAACUGAACAGAAAGUUCCAGUUUCUCCAGAAGGCCCGAGCUGUGCUGGAUCUGUGUGCGGCUCCCGGUGGUUGGUUGCAGGUGGCAUCUAAGUUUAUGCCGGUGUCCAGUCUCAUUAUUGGAGUGGAUCUGGUGCCCAUUAAGCCGAUCCCUAACGUGGUAGCCCUGCAGGAGGACAUCACCACUGAGAAGUGCAGACAGGCGCUGCGUAAGGAGCUCCAGACAUGGAAGGUGGACGUGGUCCUUAACGACGGUGCCCCCAACGUGGGAGCCAACUGGCAGCAUGACGCCUUCUCUCAGGCCAACCUCACCCUCAUGGCCCUGAAGCUGGCGUGUGAGUUCCUGGCCAAAGGCGGGACCUUCGUCACCAAAGUGUUCCGCUCCAAAGACUACCAGCCGCUCAUGUGGAUCUUCCAGCAGUUCUUCAAGAAGGUUCAGGCCACCAAGCCCCAGGCCUCCCGUAACGAGUCUGCCGAGAUCUUCGUCGUCUGCCAAGGCUUUCUGGCUCCGGAUAAAAUUGAUAAUAAGUUCUUCGACCCCAAACAUGCCUUUAAAGAGGUGGACGUGCAGGUCAAGACCGUUAAGGAGCUCGUUGACACAAAGAAACCAAAGGCGGAGGGAUAUGACGAUGGAGACCUCACGCUGUACCACACCUUCUCCAUCACAGAGUUCCUGCGAGCCGAGAACCCUGUGGACUUCCUGAGCAAAGCCAGCGAGAUCACGUUUGACGACGCUGAGCUCGAGUCUCACUCUGCCACCUCGGAGGAGGUCAAGGAGUGUUGCCGUGACAUCAAGGUCUUGGGGCGGAAGGAACUCCGACUGCUGCUGUCCUGGAGGGCCAAGCUGAGGCGUUAUGUGGCCAAAAGACUGAAGCAGGAUGCCAAACCGACCGGUCAGGAGAUCAGUCUGGGUUCUGAUGAAGAGAGUGACUCUGAUGGUCAGGAGGAGCAGGCAGCUCAAUCAUUUGCAGCGCAAGGCAAAGGAGAUGAAGAUGAGGAUGAUGAGGACGCAGAGAUGGACAACAAGCUUGCGCAGCUGAAAGCCGAGGAGAUCGCUGAGCUCAAACGGAAGAAGAAGAAGGUUCUGAAGGAGAGGCGUAAACAGAGAGAGAGGGUGGAGCUCAAGAUGGACCUGCCCGGGGUGUCCAUCGCCGAUGGACACGACAACUCCAUGUUCUCCCUCAACACCAUCAAGAAGGCCAAGGCGCUGUGUGAGAUAUCCGGUGGGGACAUGAAGGCCGUGGACGCCCUCCUGGAUGAGGAUGGGGAGGGCGAGGAAGAUGUGUACUUCUCUGACGAAGAGGAAGACAAGAUCUCGCUGGCCUCUGACCUCGACUCGGACGACAUGGAGGAGGUGGAGGAGAAGGAGAGAGAGAUGGACCAGAAACCCAAGAAGAAGGUGACCUUCAGCGCCCCUGAGGAGGAAGAGGAGGAGGAAGGCAAUGAGCUGCUGGUCGACCUGGAGGACAAAGACGAGAAGAAAGAACGCGAAACCACCAUGUGGUUUAGCAAGGGGAUCUUCUCUGAGCUGGAGCUGGAUGAGGAGACUGACGCACUGAAGGAGAUUAGACAAACUCAAAUACUUCAGAGCAAACCGGCCAGCACAGUUAAAGGCAGAAAGAGGAAAGCUGAGCAGGAGGAGCAGGAGAAGGAAGAGGAGGAGCCUUCACAGGAAGUAGCUGCAGUGGCGCAGGAAAAGGACGAGGAGAGCGGGAGCGACUCUGAUGACGACAGCAGCGACGACGAGAUAGACAUCGCACAGAUGAAGCGGUCAGCAGGGUCACGGGGUAACCACGGCAACGUUGGGGGUGACGACGACGACUUCCAAGUGGUGCCGGUGGAGAGCACCAGUAAGAAGGCCCGCGUCCUGACCCCAGAGGGACUGGCACUGGGCACAGAGAUUGCCACCUCCAAGAAGAAAACCAGAGACCUGAUCGACGGCUCCUUCCACAGGUUUGCGAGCUCCGAGACCACAUGGGGGGUGCCGGCGUGGUUUGUGGACGACGAGAAGAAGCACAGGAAGAAGCCCGUCCCCGUCUCCAAGGAGAUGGUGGAAGAGUACAAGCAGCGCUGGAGGGAGAUAGAUGCCCGACCCAUCAAGAAAGUAGCGGAGGCCAAGUCACGCAAGAAGAGACGGAUGCUGAAAAAGAUGGAGACAGCCAAGAAGAAGGCAGAGGCUGUGGUAAACACUGUGGACAUCUCUGAAAGAGAGAAAAUGGCACAGCUCAGAAGCAUCUACAAGAAGGCGGGCGUGGGGAAGGAGAAGCGGGAGGUGACGUACGUGGUGGCCAAGAAGGGGGCGGGCCGCAAGGUGCCGCGGCCGUCCGGCGUGAAGGGCGUGUUCCGCGUGGUGGACUCACGCAUGAAGAAGGACAUGAGGGGCCAGCAGCGCAAGGAGCAGAGGGACCGCGGGGGCAAGGGCCGCGGGGGCAAGGGCCGAGGCGGCGGUGGGGGCAGGGGCGGCGGUGGGGGCAGGGGCAAGAUGGGGGCACCAGCCGGAAGAGGCAGGGGAGGCCCACCAGGGAGAGGCAGGGGGGGAAGGGGAGGAAGAGGACGCAAGUAAACAGGAAGUC